AUGAAGUUAAUAAAAAAUCACUUUGAACGUUUAGCGAAUGAACUUAUGCAUGAAAUAUUUGAUUAUUUAUCGUCGAAUGAUUUAAUAGAAAGUUUUAGUCAUUUAAAUAAACGUUUUACUAUUGUUUUAUCACAACGUUUAUUAAAAAUUGAUUUAUCACAUUUAACAAAAAGUCAAUAUGAAAAUUUAAUUCAUAUUAUACCAUCAAAUCAAAUAAAUUCUUUAAAAAUUUCACAUAAGUCAACCAUAAAUAUAUUAUUCCGUAUUUCAUUUAAUUUAAUGAAUAACCUUCAAAUAUUAAUAAUAUCUCAUGUUACUUAUAAUGAUUUACGAUAUUUAUUUGAGAUAAAAAAUACUUUUUUAACUUUUCAACAAUUACAUACAUUAAAAAUUCAAUCAACAAAUUUUAAUGGUCUUGAUCGAGAAAGAAUAUUUGUAUUACAAAAAAUUUUUUCACAAAUGCCAAAAUUACGUAUAUGUCAAAUACCAUUAAUGGAUGUUAAUGAUUUUGAUGAUUUAAUACCUACAUUUACAUUAGAACAAUUAAUUAUUGAUUAUUGUACAACAAUUUGUUUAGGUAAAUAG